UAUUUAAUUUUUAAAGCGACCUCUACCUUUAACAAAUUAGUGUUCUGCACUCGCGCAGGAUUUUGAACUGAUUUUUUUGGAUACGAUUUUAUGAGAGAAAAUUGUGUUUUUAGACUUGAAUGACAGUUAGACUGUUUAACAAUGUUUUCCACAAAGUUUCGAAUAUUUAUACCCUCAUCAAUUAUAGUGAGAACUAUGGCCACAGUCAAGCGAUUUUAUCGUGAGGCGACUGUUUUAUCAAGCGGAAACAAAUUUGAAAUUGCACUCGAUCACAGAAAAUUGAAAACUCCAAAGGGAAAAGUCUUCGAAGUAUCUAGUGAACCUUUAGCUUUCGCAAUAGCUGUGGAGUGGGAGAGUCAAAAAGAGACAAUCAAUCGAAGUAACAUGCAUUUAACCUCUUUAUGCAACACAGUUCUGGAUAACCCUCACAAUAAUACCAAAGAAGAUAUUGUUUCGAGUAUUAUCCAAUUUCUAGAAACAGACACAAUUCUUUUUCAAUCCAAUGAUGAGGAGGAAUUGUACAAUCUUCAGGUGGAAAAGUGGGAUCCUUUGAUUCAAUGGUUUUGUGAUCGGUUCCAAUUAGGAAUUACUAAAACGCGGAGCAUAGAAGCUCCACUAGUAACAACAGAGACAAAAGAGAUUAUAAGGAAACAUUUAAUGUCCUACAACUUCGAAGCUAUUCACGGUUUCAAAUUUGGUGUGGAUACCACGAAGUCGGUUAUUUUGACACUUGCUGCUUCCGAAAGAGUAAUUAAAGUCGAAGAUGCUGUGUAUCUUUCUCGGCUGGAGGAAGAGUAUCAGAUUUCUCACUGGGGACGUGUGGAAUGGUCUCAUGAACUAAGUAAAUACGAUUUACAAGCACGUUUAGCUGCCGCAAUCAUAUUCAUCCAUUUAAACUCCAAUUCGAUGACCUCUGAACCAAAACUGGACAGAAUUCGAAAAACGGAGAUGUAAAAUGUAAAGGUAUAUAAAAUCGCUUACCAACUAUCCGAGUGCAGUAUUAUUUAAAAUGCAGCCUUAAAUAUAAAAAACAAAACAUUUCUACAUUUAACUAAUUGAUUUCAAUAAAUUUUUUACGGUUUUUAAUCGUUAUUUAUCGAUUUCUGAAGAUUUCGAACAAUCGGGUCCUUCCCAGUCCCUCAUACAGAUGCAACUGUAAAUAAAUUAUAAGUUAUAAAUAAAGAGUCGUGUAAUGUUU